GCCUGCGGGUGCACAGAAAGACGUCUCCAGACCCCUGGGUCAGACAGGAAUUGAAAAGGCAUCUACCUGGCCUUGGCUAGAAAUAAGGCAAUGUGCGCCGUCUUUCACCCACGCUGGAUCUCUGUGGCGUUUCCCCGGGGAAAGGCUCACCUUCUUUCUCUCUCUAAGAUCCCAGUCCAGGAGAGGAAAGAAUCUUGCUCACUCUAACCUUGCAGAGGUCAGCGCGGGGGCAAUCCCGCCCGACCAGCGCUUCCCAUUGUCCCAACCCCCCAGCACUCCAGGCCAGACCCGCUGACACUCGACAGCGCCUGCAGUUUACCUUGGCUCGGUUCCAGUGAGUUCGAGCCCAGCCCUGGGGCGGCCCCCACCUCUCCACCUCGUUACGCCUUUCCACCCUCCUCUGCAGCGCAAAGAGCAGUUUAAAUAUAAAUCAGUCCUCAGCACAAACAGAGUUUGGGCGGCGAGUCUCAGAGCCAUCACCGGAACCGAGGGCCCAGGUUUGCGGACGAGUGCAGACUCGCAGAGCCGGGCUCUGGACAACCCCAAGAGCCAGCGAGACUCUUCCAUUCCCUUCCACUCGAGUUCCCUCCAGCUCCCCACCCCUUCCUUAGCGCCACGCCCACACUCUGCCCCACUAAGUUCCAGGUCUCUGCACUGGCCUGCAGCCUCCUGUCUCCUCCAUCCGCAGCCGCCCCUUGCCACGGGAGCACGCUCUCUCCCCGGCACGCCACCGCCUAGGCAGCCAGGGUUCACCCGGGUCGAGUCCCAGAGCCUCUGGGCUUCCGCAGCCGCGACGCCACGGCCCAAGACACCUGCCCGAGGAGGCGACAGCGGCUGGGCGGGGGCUUGCAGCACCUCUGACACCCGAGGAAGAGAGGGAGGAGGGAGAGCGCGUUUCAUCAUCAGCCGCCACUUAUAAAAACUUCUGGGCGCUCACUCCCUGGCUCAGUCUCCGCGCCGUGCUCCUCAUCACCGGGCUACCCACGCCUGCAGCCCCGAAGAGCCCAAGCUUAUCGCCGCCACGGCCCGGCCAGGGGACAAAAACGCCACUGUCACCAUGGGACUCCUGCCCAAUCCCGGAGCCCGCCAGGGCAGCGGCACCUCCUCGGUCCCAGCCACAGGCUGCUCUCGCUCGAUCUUCAGCAACAUUAAGGUGUUCGUGCUGUGCCAUGGCCUCCUGCAGCUCUGCCAGCUCCUUUACAGCGCCUACUUCAAGAGCAGCCUCACCACAAUCGAGAAGCGCUUUGGGCUCUCCAGUUCUUCCUCGGGUCUCAUUUCCAGCUUGAAUGAGAUCAGCAAUGCUACCCUCAUCAUCUUUGUCAGCUACUUUGGCAGCCGGGUGAACCGCCCCCGGAUGAUCGGCAUAGGGGGCCUCCUCCUGGCUGUAGGUGCCUUCGUCCUCACCCUCCCACACUUCCUGUCGGAGCCCUAUCAGUACACCUCGACCGAUGCUGGAAACAGCAGCCACUCUCCAACCAACCUCUGUCAGAAGCACUUGCCCGACCUGCUCCCCAGUAAGUGCCACAGCACCGUGCCAGACACGCAAAAGGAGACCAGCAGCAUGUGGGGCCUGAUGGUGAUUGCUCAGCUGCUGGCCGGCGUGGGGACAGUGCCCAUUCAGCCAUUUGGGAUCUCCUAUGUGGACGACUUUGCAGAGCCCACCAACUCGCCUCUGUAUAUCUCCAUCUUAUUUGCCAUCGCUGUGUUUGGACCGGCUUUCGGGUACCUGCUGGGCUCAGUCAUGCUGAGAAUCUUCGUGGACUUUGGAAGAGUGGACACUGCCUCAGUGAACUUGAGCCCAGGGGACCCUCGAUGGAUCGGAGCCUGGUGGCUGGGCCUGCUCAUUUCCUCAGGCCUCUUGAUUGUCACUUCUUUGCCCUUUUUUUUCUUUCCUCAAGCAAUGCCCAGAGGAGCAGAGAGGUCUGCUAUGGCAGAUGAAACAAUGACGAUGGAGGAGGACAAGUCAAGAGGCUCCCUGAUGGAUUUCAUUAAACGGUUCCCUCGCAUCUUCCUGAGGCUGCUGAUGAACCCACUCUUCAUUCUGGUGGUCCUGAGCCAGUGUAACUUCUCCUCUGUCAUUGCUGGCCUCUCUACGUUCCUCAACAAGUUCCUGGAGAAGCAGUAUGGCACCACAGCAGCCUAUGCCAACUUGCUUAUCGGUGCUGUAAACCUUCCUGCUGCAGCCUUGGGGAUGCUGUUUGGGGGAAUCCUCAUGAAGCGCUUUGUUUUGCCUCUGCAAACCAUCCCCCGAGUGGCUGCCACCAUCAUGACCAUCUCCAUAAUCCUCUGCGCCCCUCUCUUCUUUAUGGGAUGUUCCACCCCAGCAGUGGCUGAGGUCUACCCGCCCAGCACAUCAAGUUCUAUACAUCCGCAGCCUCCUGCCUGCCGCAGGGACUGCUUGUGCCCGGAUUCCAUCUUCCACCCGGUCUGCGGAGACAAUGGAGUCGAGUACCUCUCCCCUUGCCACGCCGGCUGCAGCGGCGUCAACGUGAGCUCAGCAGCUUCCAAGCAAACAGUAAGGACGAGGGGGAGUCACGGGGGCAGACAGAGCCACGUGGAGCUCUGGGGCUCGAUCUAUUCGCGCUGCAGCUGUGUGACUGGGGGAUCUUCGUCAGCAAAGACAGGGUCGUGCCCCGUGUCCUGUGCACACUUCCUGCUCCCGUCCAUGUUCCUCAUCUCCUUCGUGGCGCUCAUCGCCUGCGUCUCCCACAACCCGCUCUACAUGAUGGUUCUUCGUGUGGUGAACCAGGAUGAAAAGUCAUUUGCCAUUGGAGUGCAGUUCUUGUUGAUGCGCUUGCUGGCCUGGCUGCCAGCUCCAGCCCUAUAUGGCCUCAUCAUCGACUCCUCCUGUAUCCGGUGGAACCACCUAUGCUCAGGGAGACGAGGGGCCUGUGCAUAUUAUGACAAUGACAGUCUCCGAAACAGGUACCUGGGCCUACAAGUGGCCUACAAGGCCCUGGGCACACUGCUGCUCUUUGUCAUCAUCUGGAGGGUGAAGAAGAACAGGGAAUAUAGCCUGCAGGAGAAUGCCGUGGCUCUCAUCUGACCUGCAGCAGCCACUUGCUGCCCUGCCCCAGAGCCUGCCCCCACCCCGCCACACCUGAUUGUACUAAUGUUAACAUGCCUUUUGCUCCCCUUCCUUCCUUCCUUCCUUCCUUCCUUCCUUCCUUCCUUCCUUCCUUCCUUUCCUUCCUUCCUUCCUUUCCUUCCUUCCUUCCUUCCUUUUCCUUGCUUCCUUCCUUUCCUUUCUUCCUUCCUUCUUUUCUUCCUUCCUUCUUUCCUUUCUUUCAUUCAUUCUUAAGAAAGACAGUCCCAUUCACCCUUUGUCUCCCUGCCUCCUUCUCUUCCUCCUCCUCCUCCCUCCUAAAGUCUCCCCCAUGGUUCUGAAGACCUGAAGUGUACUGAACUGAAUGAGCACUGAUCUGGAGAGUCCAGAAAGGGGUCCCUCACACAGGCAGGCUCUCCUCAGCACUGGGUCCUCCAACAAGACGCCCAUCAUCAGGCAGCCUCUGUUCUCACCAGUCUCUCAGGAAUACUUAAGAAGAGUGAGAAAAGGGGGCCAUGCCUUCCAUGCCAGGCAGCCCAGCUCUCCUGUGGCUCCACCCACAACCUGCAGAGAGGCAGAAGAAGAGGGGAUGGUUGGUUUCUUAACAGAGAGAACUGGGCUACAGGAGCUGGCUGUGGCCACUUUUCAUUUGGAUUCGGUCUAUAGUGGACCCCAGAAUGGGAUGGCCCCCCUUGCCUGCCUACUGUCUGCCCUCGAGGCUGAUUUGGAAGCUACCAUUUGGGAAGUACAGCCCUCUCUCUAACCUCCACCCUGGUAUCAGAGCAGGCACUAAGGAACGAGAGGCUAGGUCAUCCAAACACUGUUCACGGGAACCCAAAGCCUCUCUACCCUCCUAUCAGCAUAUGUUUCUCUCUGCCUUUCAACCUGAGGAAGCUGCAAGGAACCCACCUAAGGAGGGCCCGGUCUCCCACCCUCACAGUGGAGACCAGACCCUUCCUCCUCAGAGACAUGAGAUGGCGUUCCUACCAUUCCCCGGAAAGCAGAAGAGUGGCCUCGCGUGGACUUCGCCAUCCCGACUUCAACUCACGGGCAGAGGAGGAAAGCGGAAUGAUCCGAGACACAGCCAGAGCGAGGGAUGGGGCAGAGUGCAUGCCCCCGCCAUUGGGCUAGACACGAGCUGCAGCCCACAAAGAGGGCGGCCAGGCUGACUUGCUUGCAAACAUGAUGUAUUCGUCAGCAUUUUCUCAGCUUCUUCUCACUACCUCUGGGUGGAGGUGGGCAUCUUCUGUGACCCUGGGUUGGAGGGAGGUGGGGGGGGGGAACCACUCUUAUAACAGAGAGCCAAAGGCAGAGGCCCAGGGAGGAGGCCUUUUACCAACAGUUUUGCAUAUUGGAGACUGACUCGGGGCCGAGCAGUGAUCCUUCGUGUUUCCCUAAGAGCUCCCUGUAAAUCUCACCUCCAUUUACACUAGGACCUCCUCCCACAGAGUGCUUGGUGGGCAGCAGGGGCACACUCAUGUGCUUGUCAUGCUCCUCAAGGGCCCAAAGAUUGGCAGAGAAGAUCCUGACCUGAGCAGCCAUGCCACUUAGGGGCUCUACCAGACUGACUCAGCUUCUGGCCCUGUGCGAGAUGGAGAGCUGGUUCCCUGUGCCACCGAAGCGGCUAGGCAAUUGUCAUUGCCCCAUGUGGCAUUUCAGCACCCUCCAGAAACAACUUCUGUGGUGAGAAGCUAGCAGGUUUGGGUCAGUGCGGCCAAGCUACUACUGCGAGACUGAAGUCUUCAUGGAAGCCAGCGUUACCAACAGCAUUCUCUCAGAAGCCUCCGGGCUCAUUUCCACAGAUCUUGCCGAGGAGGAGGCGCCAAACAAUCCCGUGGGCCAGUUUCAGCAUGCGCAACGGUUCUGCUUGGAACAUGAUUCUCCGCAACUAACCCUGGGCUUCCUCACUGCAACUUAGCCGGAUUCUGAAGGCACGGCCUUCAGCAAACCUCACGAACAAUGAAUGCCAUCCUUCAGGUUCUGAAAGAUUGGUUGCUCCCCUCCUCCCCACACACAAGCCUUUAUUAUAUUGCUAUUAAUAUAUUAUAAUUUUGUUAUGGGUGUAAGUUGGUUAUGAGUUUGCGCUGUUGUGGGUCUAUUAGAGAGCAGGCAGAAUUUGUACCUUCUAGACAAAAAAAUGCCCAUGCUUCAACCUUUUGAGGCCUGUAGCCAAGGAGGCCAUGUCAUUCUCAAUGCCAUCUGCCUGGUGCUAAGCAGGCUCCAAGCCUUGCUGGUUGUGUGGGCCUUUGGCUUGCUUUCCACACAGGCCAGUGUCAUCGACUCGUGGGAAUGAGCUCUUGGGAGGCCCUUGAGUUCAUAUCCCGCAAUGAAUGAGCUUGGUCACAAACACUAUAUCUGUGAAUAACAUAAUCUUAACUGAUCGUUUACUACCAGCCAGCAAAUCUUGCCUCCCAAAUGCCAGAGGGGCUCUAAAGAGCUCACUUUCUUUUCAAUUAGAGAGCAAAGCGCCGCAGACUUCCUUGAGUGUAUCCUGCGCGAGAUUCCCAUGAAAACACAGGAACAUCCUGCACAAAGUCGAAGUCCAUUUCUACGAUUGUGAAAGGGAUCCAGAAAUUCCAUCUUCCAGGCAGAUGAAGGUAGCCCUCGAGCCCUGGGUGGUGGGUCACCCGUGCAUUAGAGCCAAAGCCAGUCAAAUUGACCAUGGGGAUUAUCCACCAGGGGUGCCUUUAUGUUUCAUUUACGAAGGCCAUAGUAUGUCUUUGGUCUCUUUUCCUUGCUUCUCCAUGGAGUUCAGAGACCCUGUAGAGUAGGACUCAGGAUCCCAGUCCCCGACCUGGGCACAACCACAACUAUAUCUUUUCCUGCCACCCCACCCAGCCCUAGGAAACCCUUCCCUUUUCACCAUCUUUACCCAUCCUUCUUGUAUCAUCCAGCCUCCAUGGGAGGAACCAGAGAACCAGGAAAUGAAGGGUCUGCCAUCCCUUGGCUCUUCCUGGAAGAAGAGGGGUAGAUCUCUAUUAAGUAUCUUUUGGUCCAAAGCCUUCUGCCAGGUUCCUCACGACAGUACAUGAUGGAGGCCACACUAGUCUCUGGGUUCUAUUUGAAAAUAAAGACUCUUAGUCAGGCACAGUGGAGUGUACCUUUAAUCCCAGCACCUGGGAGGCAGAGACAGGCAGAUCUCUGUGAGUUCAAGGCCACCUUGAUCUAUAUAUUGAGUUCAAGAUGGUCAGGGCUAUAUAAGGGAGACCCUGUCUCAGGAAGAUAGAGAGAGAGAGAGAGAGAGAGAGAGAGAGAGAGAGAGAGAGGAAGGAAGGAAGGAAAGAAGGAAAGGAAAGGAAAGGAAAGGAAAGGAAAGGAAAGGAAAGGAAAGGAAAAAAAUGAGAAAUCCAAAGUCAAGGAAGCAGUUAGCAAGGCUCACAUCACACAAAUAACUUGCCAGGAUGCCAGGCUCUUUCCAUUUGCCCCAACCCCCUCUCUCCUUCUGAGGUGAGGGGGAAUCUUGGGUGUGAGAAGGCCUCCUUUUUUCUCACGUAAGUUCAUUGACUUGUGAGAUCGACGUGGAGGAAUCUCUUUAAAGUCAUGUAAGUUGGAUGUUCAUUUACCCACGUAAGUAUUCUAAGAAUGCCGUAACUACUCAUCAGAAAAGAUCCAGUGAUCCCUAUGGGCACCGCAAGGUAAAAAACAGACACGGAGGAAAGGGCCAAAGAGGAGAGGACUUUGACAUGCAGAGCUGUGAGAGUGAGGUACACAGACAGGCCUUUUGGGGACCAUGCUCAUCUGGAAACUGGUUGGCAUGUUUUUGCUUAAGAAACAAAGGCAUGUUGUAUUUGCCUUCAACACUUCCAGAGAUGGAGAGGCGCAGCUAAGCAGGGUCCUGAAUUAGUGUCAGCUUGACAUUAAAACACUGUGUUGCAGCCUCCCAGAGAGACUGGCAGAGGCAUGUGUGAGAGGAAGGGAGAGGGGGGCGGGGAAUUUUGCAGAUCCAGGAGAAAAAUCCCAUCUUUCCCAGCCACAGGAACCAAACGUCGGAGGGAAACUGUCCACCCCCUGCCAAUAAGGCCAAAUUCGUUAACCUUUCAUCGGUGAUUAAAUAUGUAAACAGGGUUCUAGGCAGGCCCUUGGCAAAUCAUUAAUGAGACAGAGCUUUUCUCUCAUGGCAUGCUCUGCCCAUUUAUCAGUCUCCACACCCAUUUCCAGCCCUGUACAGUGGCCACAGGACACAAGGCUCACUACUUUGCUAAACUCCCUGCUCCCUAGGUACCUGCUACACUUUGAUAACAAUAAUAAAAUGUGCAUAGAUCAUUACAGUUUGCCAAGCCAUGCAUUCGUUUAACAAGCUCCUCAAAUCACCCAGAAUAGGCUUGGCUAGGCUUCAGUCACAUGACACAACACACAUUUAUCUCUUGUUUGCACAAAGCCCACGGCUUGUUUGGGUGGCCUCUCUAGGGCGGUGGCUUCCAAGGCUGGCUCAGUAUGCCAGCUAUUUGGACUUGAGGUACCUCUGUUUCAUCAAUCCACAGUUAAUGAGGCAGGGAAGAAAGCUGAGAAGGUCUCGCAUUGGUAAGCAAAUGUUUUAGGCAGAAGCAGCACAGAGUCCUUCUGUUCCCAGGCUCAUGGCCAGAACUAGUCUCGGGGCGCUACCUAACUGCUGUACAGGUACAGCUCUGUGCUCAGAAGAGGGAGCAGACUUAGACAAAUGCUAUACUGGAAUCUUCCACCACGGGGAGUGAGUCUAGGUGAACCAAUAUGCUCACUGAGACCCUUCAAUUAGCCUCGCCAGGCUGUUGGAAGAGGGAUGAGGAGAGCCAGAGAGGUAGGAAGCAAGGCCAAGGCUGACCUGGUGAUGGGAAGGUGGGGAAGAAGAUGGGCUCAGAAGAGGCAAAAAUGAUGAAGCAAAGGCUGAGAGAGAUCAUGGUUCUAAUCUUUAGCUGGCAGGAAUUUGGGCAAAGGCUGAGCAGGCUGAGGAGGUGGGGGGAGGACAGCUGGUUAAGCAUGCCCUCCAAGGGGAGGAGCUUAUCUCCAGGGGAAGAGUCUCACCCAGAGCUUCUUCUUGAACUGUGAGGCCAGUAGGACCACCACAUCCCACAGAUAGAUAAGGGAGGUCACUUCGAGCUGUCAAUAAUGCUGGUAUGUACAAGGAGCAGACACGGCACAUUCCCUCACUUUGCAGGAUGUAUAUACCUUGAGCAAGGAUGGGAACUUGACAAAGACCCAAAUGCUGUGAGUUCAGUUGAGAAAUCAGAGAAUGGGCUAGGGCUGAUUUCAAGGGUCAAAAGUGUAGGCAGAGGGGACAACAAAGUUGUGAACAAAGAUAGAAAGAUGAGCAAGCACGUGCACAUUUUGAGAACUCACUGAUCGGGGAACCUGAAGGAGAGCAGUGGUAAGGCCAGGAGAGGGGUUUAGAGCCCCUUUGAAGUCCUUCAAGGCUAGCUUAGACCAAGUCAUGAAACUGGAGCCGGCGCGGUUCUCUGCCCACCAAAUGCCUCGGGAAUGACCUUCGAGGCUAGCCAACCAGUCCCAGGAAAGCAUUUCUACUUCUAAGUACUGCCCCGGGGUCCUGGAACGGGACUGCUACACCCCAGAGAGCGGAAGAGCCAUCCUCCCAAGGAGCUUCCUCCUGGGGCAGCCUCCCUCCCUUGCUUCAGCCGAAGCUGGCUCCCCACCCUCCCUCCCACCUUCUCUCUCCCCAGCUGGAGCCCCAGGGCUGUAAUCAGAGCCAAGUGGGGCAGCUUAUUUUAAAAGGUCUUCUGUUCAGGCUCCCCUAAACUUCCCUUUGGAUCUCCCAGUACUACAUCAUUUAAAACGUACCCAGCCCCCAAAUCUCCGUGUCCUCCUCAGAGGUCUCAGAUAGGGACAAGCAUUAGACUGUACCUUCUUAAACAGAAGCUUACGGAAGAGCACGGGGGGGGGGGAGGGGGGAAGAUAAGAGGGUAGCGGGGAGGGCGGGGAGGUGUUCUCGAAAUGACAAGAGCGCCCUCCCCUGGGCUAGGACUGGGAAAAGGCAACUGGAAUUCCAGAAGGGCUCCCAAAGUCGGGAGGGGUUUGAAAGAUCAGAGAAAGCCGGGCCCUCCGUGCUUUCGCACUUAGAAUCGUGAGAUGGGGAGAUGGGAUGCAGCUGGUCUGACUUCCAGGCCGAGAGCGGUGUCCCGCCCUGUUCUUGCAGGUGACCAGCGUUCCCCAGCGCCGUGGUCCGCCACCAGGGGGCGCCGCUCACCCGGGCCGCAAUGAGGCAGCGCCACCGCGGGGGGUCACCGCAUUCAGCCUGCAGAGAAGGUGUCCCUCGGGCCAGGAAGAGCACCCCUCAGACGCACCGCCACCCUCUGACACUGCAGACUUCCCACCCGAGCACCCUCAGCCCUGCGGGCUCGCAUGCCCUGCCACCUGGCAUGGACAGGGUGGUCACUUGGCGGCAUCACGGGGGCCCUCACCAAGGUGGGGUCAGCCUCCCCUCAAUCUUACAGGCCACAGUAUUCAGCGGCUGCAGGGCGCGCAGUCAGCUUCCACCUCCCCCUUCUAGAUGUUCACCGGUGUAGCUCUUGGGCCUCAGGAACUGACUUCUGAAACAGAUCCUAACCGCAGGCACUUCCCACCUCCAGAAAAGGUCCCUUCUAGGGCAUCCUGAAAAGGACUGAGCUCUAGGCCUACGGCCUACGGGCAGGGUGAACAAGACUAGCAAUCGCCCCUUGCUCCUGGGAAGCAAAGGCAGACCCAGCAGGGAAAGCACAUAGACUGGGCCCCUGUGAUUGGUAGAUCAGUUGCAGGCGCCGUGCUGCUUAGAGACUCGCAGUCACCUACAUCCUGACGCAGGGGAAACUGAAUUACCCACCUUUUGCCUCAAGUCUCCCUUCCUUGACUUCCGCCUCUCGAAUAUCGGCAUUUCAGCCCUAAGCUAUUAAGCCAAAAAUUUACAAACAACACGAAAACAUAUUUUCAAAAGCCUUUCCUGGCAAUGCACAAUUAAAAUCAUUUCGGGUCUGCUUAUUGUUCGGUGCAUUUUCAUAAAUGCAUAUGACACAACCGCCAUUGUCAUUUAGGGGUAGAGCAAGGUGACUCUUAGAUCUAUGUUGAUAUUGCUUUGUGUAGCCUGUGCCCACUUUCCCACCCUGCCCUCCUGUGGGGAGGAGCCCUCCCUCACUAUGGAUUAGCCUAACUUAUUCAAAGCUUCAUAAAGAUGGGAUUGUGCAAGGCAUUCUAAUGUUUUUGAGAUCUGUUGCUGUGGUUGUGGUUGUUCGUUCUUAUGUGGCAUGUAAGAAUGGUUGAAUAUGCCAUGAUUUCUGUAUCUACUCAUCAGGUUAUUUAGAUGCCUUGCCAUUUUCCAUUAUUAUGAAUAAAAUUGCUAUGAAAAUUUCUGAGUUA